CAACAACAACAACAGUAAUAAUAAUAAUAAUAAUAAUUUUAUACUUUUCGGCUUCCAGUGAGCGCUUGGAAGUGUUACGGAUGUAAACUUUGUAUGUCUUUCGCUUAAAUUAUUGGUGAAACUGAGAAAGUAUACCAAGUACAUUGGAGAACAUCUGCUCCGCGUUACUUCUCACGCGUCUGAAACUGUAUCAAUCACCAUUGGAGGCUGCUGCCGUUUGGGGAUCACGUGCCAGAUUUACAGAUACCUCAGAGCUGGGCUUCUAUAAGACAACACCGCCGCGGAUGCGAUCUGGUACCAUUCUAAUAUUUAUAAAGGGUGUUGAUGGAGAGGAUUUCGAAUGACAGCCGGGACAGUGGUCAUCACAGGUGGAAUUUUAGCUACAGUCAUCUUACUCUGCAUCAUCGCAGUACUGUGUUACUGUAGGCUGCAGUAUUACUGCUGUAAGAAGGAGGAGUCGGAGUCGGAGGAGGAGGAGCCCGACUUCGCUGUGACUUCCCCCCUGCCGCCCGUACACUCCAACCACAACAUUGUGGCUGCAGCAGUGUCCACCCCCAACGGCCCCACCCUCUUCACCCCCCCCCUGGCUCGUAAGCUGACGCGCUCCCACACCUUCUGCCCCUCCUGCACCCACUACGAGCUGCCUUUCUACCUGCAGCACCCAGAGGGCCAGCACAACGGCGGUGAGCACAUCAGCUACCGCACCGUGCAGCAGCAGGGCCUGGAGCUGCCCAUGGACCUGCCCAGCUUCCACAAGCUCAACCUCACCCGCUCUGUCACCAUGAAGGAGAUGUUCACGCGCAGCUGCAGCAUCAGCACUGAUGUGUAGUACCCCCUGGGGGCAUGGAGGGCCACGGCACCUGGCAGCCAACACAGAUGGAUGCACACUUGCCAUCAGCCCCCCUUUUCAUGGGCACAGGUGCACCUGUCUGCUCUAAUACACACACAAGUAUCUCCCGCCCUCUGGAUUAUUUCUACGGUCGCAGGUUCCCCCAGAGACUUUGGAGAUGCCCAGUGACUGCUCUUCUCAAGGGUGUGCCCUAGUCAUCCUGAAGCAUCGCCUAGGGGGCAGGUUGUGCAGACAAGUCACAUCCAUGGCUCCCUGGGUGUUUUUCUUGGACAGCCAGUCAGCUGUUGCCUGUUCAAAUAGCCCCUCAGUGGCAGUCGUUCGCUCUCUCCCCUCUCAUUGUUGCUGCUAUAAGAAUCCCAAGGGAAAUGGAGAGGGAGAGAGAAGGCACAGAAGCUCCUCUGGCUCAGUCCCUCUCAACAUCCCCCUAUAGGACAUCACACCACUCCCAGAAUACACACCCACAUACAUUCUGGAUAAUUCACUAUUGAGUAUUAAUAUUGAAUAUUGGUGGUAUGGUGGGAGCACAGAGGAACUGCACCAAAGCUCUUUUAUCUGAGACACAGUGCGUGUUUAAAUAGAUGUAACAUAUACUUUUAAGGGCUUAUUAGAGGUGUGAUGAAAGCUCUUGGAACUUUUGCCCAUGUACUGGGAUGUCAUAGCUGUUGAGAGCACAGCAGUGUCUCUGUGUCUGAGUGGAACUGCACAUCGAUACACAAGCCCUCCUUGUGUUUUUGACUCUUGUACAGGUUUGGGCUCUUUUGGAACGUGAGAUUGACAAGACUGAAGACUCAAUAUCAAGGGUGGGAGGCGUGGAGAGGGCAGGAGUGGGAGUGGAUGACUGUCACAUUAAUUGGCCUGUCACAGGCGUGUUGAGGUGUUUCAAGAAUUAUUUCAGGUUUGUUGAUGGCUAUUGUGAAAGUAUAUAAAGUCUAUUAAGAGCUACAGUAGAUAUAGAACAGAAUUUUUUUUUUACACUUAGCUUUGUUAUGUUUUUGUUCACUGAAGUUAAAAGCAUCAACUUUGUGUCCUUGGCAUCACUUGAGUUUGUUGUUUGAGAGUGAUGGGCUAAUCUGUGGUAUCUCCUGUGGUGUCCUCUUCACCUGAGGGACCUGGGAGCCUUUGCUAUGCACUCACAUGGUGGGACUGGGUUCAUUGUUUUGGAACUCGGCUCACUGCACUGAGAGAUCUUUUGUUGAGUUAUUACAUUCCUGUUUAAUAAGAAAGGGGCAUCAGAUUGUAAACUCAUUGGUUCACAGAUAUGAAUUCCCUCACAUGAAUUCAGAUUUUGGCUCCCUGUACUUGGCUCCCUGUCUCUCAGCACCAGUGUCUGUCAUUUUAAGAGCAUUACUGGCAGGUCUUUUUUUCCAAUGUCAUGUAGGUGAUUUCAAGGUUUUCAAUAUUGCCCACCGUAGGAAAAAAUAUUCAAUAAAAGGAGUAAUUUUUUGCUCUUUUUAGAUUCCAGCACAACUUUUCAUAGCAGUUGCAUUGUUUGAUUCUUAAAAUACAGUUAAGAGGGAGAGUUCUGAUCCACUGUGCACUCUACUCCUUUUCCCAACCAUUUUCCAUCUGUUCCCCCGUUCCUCUCUCUCCACCAUAUAAGGAUACUGAUGUGAAUAUGUGAGUUCAUCUGGAUUUAAUAUGGCACCAGGAAACCUGUGAAGCUAAGCAGUGUGAGAGGCAUCCAAACUGAUCUUUGCCACCAUUGCACACACUCACACACAGACAUUAUUACACAUAUACACAUAAACACAAAUCCUUGGACACACAGUAAAGUACUGCUCUUUGACUUUUUAAUGGACCUUUGCCUGGAGCUUUUUAAUGUGUCCAUCUCACUGGAGCAGAUGCUUAGCAGACUACUGCGGCUUCAUCUCAGUACCAGCAGGGAAUUUGUA